AGGGAGGAGGGAGGGAGAGGGGGGAAGAAGAGAAGAGAGGAGAGGAGAGAAUCAAUUGGUUUAGAGGGUUUGGACUCACUUGACAGGUUCAGUUGGAGACGAUCAUAGGUGGCUGCUGUGACAAAGGGAAAUUGUGCUUUUCCAGCAUGCUAACUGACCCUGAUUUACCUCAGGAGUUUGAAAGGAUGUCUUCCAAGCGACCAGCCUCUCCGUAUGGGGAAGCAGAUGGAGAGGUAGCCAUGGUGACAAGCAGACAGAAAGUGGAAGAAGAGGAGAGUGACGGGCUCCCAGCCUUUCACCUUCCCUUGCAUGUGAGUUUUCCCAACAAGCCUCACUCUGAGGAAUUUCAACCAGUUUCUCUUCUGACGCAAGAGAGUUGUGGCCAUAGGACUCCCACUUCUCAGCACAACACAGUGGAAGUUGAUGGCAAUAAAGUGAUGUCUUCAUUUGCCCCACAUAACUCAUCUACCUCACCCCUGAAGGCAGAAGAAGGUGGGCGUCAGAGCGGAGAGUCAUUGUCCAGUACAGCCCUAGGAACCCCAGAAAGGCGUAAAGGCAGCUUAGCCGAUGUUGUAGAUACUUUGAAACAAAGAAAAAUGGAAGAACUCAUCAAAAAUGAACCAGAAGAAACUCCCAGUAUUGAAAAGCUCCUAUCAAAGGACUGGAAAGACAAGCUUCUUGCUAUGGGAUCAGGGAACUUUGGAGAAAUAAAAGGAACUCCAGAAAGCCUUGCUGAGAAAGAGAGGCAGCUCAUGGGUAUGAUCAAUCAGCUGACCAGUUUGCGAGAGCAGCUGCUGGCAGCUCAUGAUGAACAGAAGAAGCUGGCUGCCUCCCAAAUUGAGAAACAGCGCCAACAAAUGGAACUGGCCAAGCAGCAGCAAGAACAGAUUGCAAGACAACAGCAGCAGCUUCUACAGCAGCAACACAAAAUCAAUCUGCUUCAACAACAGAUCCAGCAGGUUCAAGGUCAGCUGCCUCCAUUAAUGAUUCCAGUAUUCCCUCCAGACCAGCGAACACUGGCAGCAGCUGCCCAGCAAGGAUUCCUCCUUCCUCCAGGCUUCAGCUACAAGGCAGGAUGUAGUGACCCUUACCCUGUUCAGCUGAUCCCAACUACCAUGGCAGCUGCUGCCGGGGCAACCCCAGGCUUAGGCCCACUCCAACUGCAGCAGUUAUAUGCUGCCCAGCUAGCUGCAAUGCAGGUAUCUCCAGGAGGAAAGUUACCAGGUAUACCCCAAGGCAACCUUGGUGCUGCUGUUUCUCCAACCAGCAUUCAUACAGAGAAGAGCACAAAUAGCCCACCACCCAAAAGCAAGGAUGAAGUGGCACAACCACUGAACUUGUCUGCUAAACCCAAGACCUCUGAUGGGAAAUCACCCACAUCACCCACCUCUCCCCAUAUGCCAGCUCUGAGAAUAAACAGUGGGGCAAGCUCUCUCAAAGCCUCUGUCCCAGCAGCAUUAGCCAGUCCUUCAGCUAGAGUUAGCACAAUAGGUUAUUUAAAUGACCAUGAUGCUGUUACCAAGGCAAUCCAAGAAGCUCGACAGAUGAAGGAGCAACUUCGGCGGGAACAACAGGUGCUUGAUGGGAAGGUGGCUGUUGUGAAUAGUCUGGGGCUCAAUAACUGCAGAACAGAAAAGGAUAAAACAACACUAGAGAGCCUGACUCAGCAACUAGCAGUGAAACAGAAUGAAGAAGGAAAAUUCAGCCAUGCCAUGAUGGAUUUCAAUAUGAGUGGAGAUUCUGAUGGAAGUGCUGGAGUCUCAGAGUCCAGAAUUUAUCGGGAAUCCAGAGGACGUGGGAGCAAUGAACCUCAUAUCAAGCGUCCCAUGAAUGCUUUCAUGGUAUGGGCUAAAGAUGAACGAAGGAAAAUUCUUCAAGCCUUUCCUGACAUGCACAAUUCCAACAUCAGCAAGAUACUGGGCUCUCGUUGGAAAGCAAUGACAAACCUAGAAAAACAGCCAUACUAUGAAGAACAGGCUCGACUUAGCAAACAGCACCUGGAGAAAUAUCCUGACUACAAGUAUAAACCCAGGCCAAAGCGAACCUGCCUUGUAGAUGGAAAAAAAUUGAGGAUUGGUGAAUAUAAAGCAAUUAUGCGGAACAGACGUCAAGAGAUGAGGCAAUAUUUUAAUGUUGGGCAACAAGCACAGAUCCCAAUUGCUACUGCUGGUGUUGUAUAUCCUGGAGCCAUUGCCAUGGCAGGAAUGCCCUCCCCUCAUCUGCCCUCAGAGCAUUCAAGUGUAUCCAGCAGCCCAGAACCUGGGAUGCCUGUGAUCCAAAGCACUUAUGGUGUAAAAGGAGAGGAGCCACAUAUCAAGGAAGAGAUGCAGGCUGAUGAUAUCAAUGGAGAAAUCUAUGACGAGUAUGAUGAAGAAGAGGAUGAUCCAGAUGUGGACUACGGGAGUGACAGUGAAAACCAUAUUGCUGGGCAAGCCAACUGAUAAAGAGUCAUACAAUUGUUGUGACCUUAGAGGACCUAAAGAAGCCCCAGCUGGUUCAUCUUUACCAGUGGCCAAGCACAUUAACUUUCUCAUACACUGACUGUUAUUUUAACUGUUAGUCUUAACUAGUUGGGACAUCAGCUGACUAAUAGACCUCAGCCUGCAUCAGAAGGCUUUGGAAGGAGAAAAAAAUAAAACAGCAACAAUAUCAACAACAAGAGAUUGAAAUAAGCUAUGGGUAAAAUAAUGCCAGUAAUUCAGCUGCUAUAUCCAAGCACUGAAGUCUUACCCUUCAACUCUUUUUUUUUUUUUUAAAUAAACUUUAUGGCUGUUUGUUCUACAAUGUUCUAGAAAUUCUCACUCAGGUACACAGUGCCAACAAGUGGCUUGUGAAUGUGUUUUGUUGUUUUGUGCUACAGUUUAAAAAAAAAUAAUAAUUUUUUUUUGUUUUUCUUUUGGUAAUGCACCUGACAGAAAAAAAAAGAAAGAUAAACUUCUCUUUACUCCCUUCCACGGUCUCCAUCUCUAUACCUUUGCAUAUUUUAGGGGUGGAUGUGUAUGAGAGGGGAAGAGGGAAAGAGAGCCUGUUUUUGUUUUUGUUUUUAUUUUUCUGCCAUCUGACACCCAAUAGGCAAUUAUUUUCUUCAUUGAGGACUUGGUUCAUCUAUUGCACACCACACUGCGUCUUUGAGCAAGUGCCAAAUUUGUACUGAAGUGUUGAACUAGUUCAUUUUUUUGGUUUUAUUUUCUGUUCUUUCUAAGUUAGGACAGUAUUAUGUCUUAGACAAUCCCUUAAAGAACCUAAUAUACCAGCAGCUGGUGAGAUUUUAAGUUUUUAAUUUUUAAUUUUUUUUUUUUUUUUUUUUUGGAAACUGUAGGUGCCGUUCUCAGGUGAAAAGAGAGAGAGAGAGAAAGAGAGACAUAAAAAAAUUUUAGAGAAAAAUAUUUUCUGACCUUGGAUUUUUGUGUGUAUGUGUGUAUGUUUAUGGUACUAAUAAGAAUAAUAUUGGACCAUUGUGAGUAAAACCCACAUCUGGGGAUGAAAUCCCACAUCCUCUAAGUGACUGGUCUGGAAGUAACUUUGACCUUUAAUUUGCACUUCAAAUGACAACUUAACUUAAUCAAGUAUGGGGCUCAGAAAUUAUGUUUUUAAACUUCUAAUAUUAUCUUCAUGCGAUGGUUCUGGUGGUCCUAUUUAACAGAAGUGUGCAUGUAUAAUACGGAAGCCACUAACAAUAGACAACCUAUUUACAGAUGCCUUUUUCCCUUUGAUGAUUAGUUUCCCUAAUCUUUGGCUAUUUGAGGGCUUUAUUUUGUUUCAUUUUGUUUUUCCCUAAGAUCUUUUGGCCUCUAAGAUUAUGCUUCACAUUGAGUAAGUCUGGCCUUUUGGCAGAAAUUGAGUAAGCAUUUUUCUUCAACAUUCCAUUCUGCUCUAACCAGGAAUUGGAUCUGGUGAUUUUACGAGAUGUUGUGUUGUGUUAAAUUUUUCCCCCAUUUUCCUUUGUGAUGAGAUAGUCUCUUUGUAUUUCAUGACAGUGAAAAUGACAAAUAUUUUCACAAAGUAGACAGCAGGAUUCAAUUAAAAAGCGACGACAGCCAAAGUAAAUUGAUAAUAUGUGAGCUCAAGCCACCAUUGUCUGCUGAACUUGCCUUUGCUAAAAACAUCCUCUAAAGACAUUCUCCUGAGGCAUGGUGUGCACAUAGAAAGACAACAGGUGAUGAUUAUUUUGUUUCUUUUUUGCUUGCCAAAGGGCCACUGAAAGUGUGAGGCCUUUGCAAAUAAAUGCCGACUUUCCAAGGAAAUUGACAACAAUGGUCAUGAAACAGGAUAGUAUACCAACCAGUAAUUUGGAUGUGCGAUGUUAUUCACUCCAUCUUUUUACUCAACCCGCCACUCCCUGACCUAUACUCCUACCCCCACCAAUUUGGAUUUAUACCUCUGAAUAGGAACAAAACAUCCUUUUCGUUUUUCUCUCUCUCAAAAGACUUGCUCUGGGGUUCUGCUUGGAGGAGCUAUUCAUAUCCUGCAUGUCAGAGAUUUUGUUUCCUUUGUUCUUCUGUUUGUAUUUGAUGACUGUAUAUUUCAGUUGAACUGCCUCUUCUUGCUAGUGUUGUGAUGAUGAUGAUAAUAAUAAUGGUCAGCUGUUCCCAGAUUAGUAAAUUAUGUAUAAUUUAUUUUUAUUUCCCCUAUUCUAUUUUAUUCUAUUCUGAAUUGGAAAUGCAGCCAACAAAGCUGUUAAGAUAUUUAAAACUAAUUUCCCUUCUCCAACUUCUUACAUAUAUAGUACAAAAAACUAUAUAUAUAUAUAAAUAUAUAAAAUAUAUAUACAAAAAACUCACUUAUCCCAACAUCUUUUUUCCCCUCCCUUUUUAAAAAUUUUGGCCUCAGCAAUGUCAAGUUCUGAUGUUUAUUAUGAAGGAGUGAAUUAAUGGGAGUGUUGUGUUCAAUCUUAAUUAACUUCUGCUCUCUCAUCACUCAUUUUAGUUAUUUAAUUACCACAGUCAUCUAGAGCCAAUUUUUUGUUUUGUUUUGUUUCUUUUUUUUAAGCACUCUGUUUGGAUAAGGAAAAACUAGACACUUGUUUUUAUAUCAUUAUUAAGUACAAUGUGAAAACAGAUUUUUAAAAAUUUGUUCCCUGUCUUUGUGAACAAAUUAUUUCUGACUUAUGUGGGUUCACCUCUCACGUUUGCUGGAUGCUUAUUUUCCACCAUGUUAUAAAUAUGCUUUGUUUUAAUUUUGUGACUUUGGGCUACAAGAAUACUUUGUUUUAGCUCCAGGUAGGUGCCAUCAAGGCAUUCAUGGUUAGAGCCAAUUAUGAUACCCUUGUGGAAAAUGUCAAAACUUUUUUCUCCAAGGGAAAAGGCCACAUCCUCUAUUCUGGGUUGUUGUUCAUUGUGAACUUUAACGAAACUUUAAUUUUAAACUCAGACAUAAAUUUUACUAAAUUAGAUGUGUGCCAGAAAGACCGAGCAAGUGUGUUCUGGAGCAUAAAGCAAGCCAACAGCCCUAUAUCAUAUUCCUCAGCUCUGCCAUUUGACUUAUUAUAUGGCACUCUGUGUUCCAGUUUUCCCCUACUAUUUAAAAAAAAAUAUCAUGCUAAUUUAUAAGAUGAUUUGAAGUUUAUAGGUGAAAGAUAAUAACUUACUACGUUAACACAUUGCCUUUUCUGUAUUUGAUGAUUGACAAUAUUGUAAUGUCAUAAAGCCUUAUUUUUCUCCUUGCUUUUGUUUGUACUCCAUAGUACCCAUGAUAGAUAAGCUGGAGAAAAACGAGGUAGUUUUCACCUAAAACCAACAACAGAGGUAUUAGUCUAUAUUUUGGUUAAUCUUGCUUUCCACUAUUCCCCUUGUGUCCACACUCACUCCUUCCUAUAGCAGCAGUUCAUUGUAAUACAUUUGGUGAAUAUCUAAGAUAUAAGCACUGGAGAAAGUGGAUUAAAGUUGCUUAUAUUUAAGCUGUUAAGAAUUUGGCUGGUUACCUCAAUGGAAUGAAAUAUCAGUGGAAUGAAAUAUAAACCUUUUCUCAAUACAUUCAUGCCUUAAGUUAAUCAAAUAAAAUUUUAAGUACAUUUAAUAUCCACAUUUAACAGCAAUUUAAUCAGGCCCCAGAAAGAACAGUAACUAUUGUUCUAGCUUAUAAAUUAGUUUGGUAACCGAACAAAUCCUCUUACAACAAAUAAAUAUGAAAGAAUAUUCUUCUUUCAUAAAAUUAAUUCAAAGAUUUGGUUUAUGCAUAGAAUUUUUCUUUACAUAAGUCUAUAUUAGGAAUUAAAUUGUCUGUAACUUUUUUAUAUUCCACUUUCAGAAGUUCUCUCUUUUUUUUUUAAUCCAAAGACAUGUACAGUAAUUUAGUCCCAAGGAAGCCUCUCAUAUCACAUUUUAAAUAAAAAUAUUUUACUUUCACCUAUUCUACUAGGUGGAUUGUCCACUUGUAACUAAAUAAUUACACACGGUAUUCACAUGUGUAGAUUUAUGAAAUAUUGGUCUACCAAGUUACUGACAAAAUAAAAAGUAUGGUUUUACAAGAAAAAAUAAGUUCACUUAAAGUGGAUUCAAGUAGCUCCUUAUCUUAUAGGGCAAGGGUAUUUGUUUAGCUUGGCUUCUAGAGUACUUACAUUUAAAAUUUUUCUUCUAUCAGUUUCACAGACUGAAGAUGAUGUCAUGUUGGGUUUUCUACUGAUUGAUUUCUAUCCUCCCCAGUGUUUCUGUCACUGGUUCGCUAAAACAGUAUUUAUAUAGCUCCAUUGGCUCUAAAGCUCUUAGUCCUUCUUACAGUUUGAUUUUUACAUGUGAAAAGGAAAAAAAAAAGAGAGAGACAAUCAAAUGCCUGGAGCUUAAAACAAAGUAUGUGCAACCUACCAUCUCACUUGAAAUUUAAUAAGAGAAAUAAUUAUGUAAAUAUAACAUAGAAUUAUAGAUUUAUAUUUUGUUCAUAACACAUAGUGUAAUAUAAGUUGUAUAUUUUCAUGUUUUUGGUUUUAUGUUAUCAUUCAUGCCACAAUAAAAAGAAAAUCGGAGUUUAUGUACUCAAAAAAAAAAAAAAAAAAGAUGUGGGUUGCCACCAUCCUGUUUUUGUUUGUUUUUGUUUUUGUUUUUUUGCAUUUCCCUUUUUCAGUAUUACUGCCCUAAAAGGCACCAAUAAAAACAGCAAAUGUGUUCUUUACCUAUUA